AUGGAAACUAGGAAUCACAGUACGGUGACCGAAUUUAUUCUUCUCGGACUUUCCACCGACCCCACUAUACAAGUUGUAUUAUUUACGCUCUUUCUGGCUAUUUACACAGCAACUCUGGCCAGCAAUGGUCUCCUUAUCCUGGUUGUUACUUUUGAUCACCGUCUACACAACUCAAUGUAUUUCUUUCUUGCCAACUUGUCUCUCCUUGACAUCGGUUAUACCUCAAUAACUAUUCCUAAAAUGAUAGUGAACUUUCUAGCUGAAAAGAAAACUAUUUCAUUCACAGGCUGUUUUGUCCAAGCUUAUUUUUUCAUUUUUUUUGGAAUAAGUGAAUGCAUCCUUUUGACUUUCAUGGCAUAUGAUCGGUAUGUUGCAAUCUGUAACCCUCUACGAUACAAUAUGGUCAUGAACAGAACAGCUUGUGGUCAAAUGAUCCGUGUUGCUUGGGUGACUGGAUGCUUUACAUCUUCUGUUGACAUUGUCUUUAUAGUUCAGUUAUCAUUCUGUAGUUCGAACGUAGUCAACCAUUUCUUCUGUGAGGCCCCAACCCUGGUCCAACUAUCCUGUAGCGACCUCUCUUUAACCAAUGUUGUUAAAUUAGUUGGCAGUUCCACAAUGAUUCUGGUUCCACUAUUGCUCAUUGUUCUUUCAUAUGUACGGAUAAUUACUACAAUUAUGAAAUUUGAUUCAGGAAAAUAUCAAGCAUUUUCUACAUGUUUUUCCCAUCUGAUUGUCGUGGUUAUUUUUUAUGGAGCCGCUGUAUUUUUGUAUAUGACCCCUGAACAUGGUGGAGCCAUUACAGUCAAGGUGGUGUCAGUGAUGUAUACAGUAGUGACCCCCUUGUUAAACCCUUUGAUUUAUAGUUUAAGAAAUAGGAAUGUUCAUAGAGCUUUGGGAAAAUUAAUAAAAACUGCUGCCAUAAUAUAA